AUGUUGAGGGCGUCUUCUAUCUUGAAUGUAUUCAGAACGACCACUCUCCUCAAACAAGUACCUCGUGCGAGAGGCUACGCAAGGGGUACGAUCAUUGGAAGAGUAUGUGCUAUGCCGAAAGAAGCAGAGACGGAUAGUGGGAAAAAGUAUUGGAUAUACCACCUGGCUUCACCCACUCGUCCUCUGAAGAAUUCCGAUGGUGAUGUGAUAAACGAUGAAUACGGUUUCCCUGUGGUACCUCUGAAUUGGUUCUACGUCUUCAACUUUCAAAAAGAUGCUAAAGAGAAACUUGCGGAUGUGAAAACUGGUGAUAUGGUCUUGGUUGAUGGUGGGAUUGUUCUUCCUCUUACAUUCCGUUCCACAUAUUCUCCACUGAUUUCGCUCUGGCCGUUCUUAACUCUUGACGUGAACUGGAACGAACCGUUUGGUGAUAAUAAAGAAUUCGCUACUAGUCAGAUAUAUCUACACGAACUGAGUCAUCGUGUCUUGGCUCAAACCCGAAAACCAGACCCCCCCACUUAUCCCGAACCCCCUGCUCCUGAUUCCAGUACAGGCCCAGCGGACGGUGCCACCUCGGAGAGCGGGCCGAAAACAUCUAUUAGAAUUGGUUUCUCUGAGAACAAGUCAACGGGUGAUAAGACUAAAACUAAAGCUGGUCGAUUCGGAGCAGGGAAAUAA